AUGGCCAAACACACAAUCGACGAACUCCUCAAGUCAAACAGCCACUCUAUCACCGCUCUCACCCGCAAAGGCCGCAAUCUAUCUCUCCCUUCUAGCGUCACUGUCAUUGAAGUAGACUACACCUCCAUCGAAGACCUGACGGCCGCCCUCCACGGCCAAGACUUUCUCAUGAUCACCCUUUCCGUUACCGCACCUCCCUACAUCCAAUCCAACCUCGUUUCCGCCGCCGCCGCUGCCGGUAUCAAGUACGUUAUGCCCAAUGCCUACGGCUUCAACUUCAACUCCGCCGCUCUUAUCCAAGAUAUCCCUGUUGCAGGCAUGGCCCAGCAAACCUUUUCCCAAAUUGAGACAUUAGGAAUGCAGCACUUUUCUCUGGUCUGCAAUUUUUGGUACGAGUGGAGUUUGGGUGUUGGUGCAUUGUAUGGCAUCGACAUCAAAGACAAAACAGCAACGUUCUUUGAUGAUGGAGAGACUGUCAUCAACACCAGCACUUGGAAACAGUGUGGUAAAGCUGUUGCAAAGAUACUGUCUUUGCCGUUGGGGGAGCUGCAAAAGUAUGCGAAUAGCAGUUUUUAUGUGAGCAGUUUCCGUAUCUCGCAAAGGGAGAUGCUGGAUUCGGUGCAUAGAGUCUUGGGCACGAGUGACGAAGACUGGAAGAUCGACUACGAAACCACCAAGCACAGGUAUGAGCAAGGAAACGAAAGUGCGGCGAAUGGAAACCCGAUGGGAUUUGCUCAAGGUAACUUGUUUUUCCUUUUCCUUUUCCUUCCGGGCAGACGAUUAACGCUGGAAACCAUAGCAAUGUACGCACGAGUCUUCUUCCCAGACGGCAGUGGCGACUACGAACACAACAGAGGGUUAGACAACGAGGCUCUGGGAUUGCAGCAAGAGGAUCUGGAUGAAGCGACAAGAAAGACUAUCGAAAUGGUGCAGAGUGGAUGGAAUCCUUAUGCUCCUCAGUAG